AUGGGGCCCCGGGCAAUAGGGGAUCAUGGAACCCCUGUGUCCUUGCCCAAACUCAAAAAAGCCUAUGAAAAAGGUACCAGGGGCAUCUCAUGGGGCCCCCUACUGACCCCGGGCCCUCGGGCAGUGCCUGAGUUUCCAAAUGGUCAGUCCGCCCCUGCUGUCUCCCACAAUCUAUUGCCUUUUGGUUGCCCUGAACUCUCUGUGUUACUUUCUCCAGUUCCCCAAUGUUUUUAUUCUUUUUAUUUAGUGAAUUGGUGCCCAAAACUGAACUGCAUAUGCGACACUCCAGAUGAGGUGUUACUACUCAAUGAUUUGUGACAGGGGUAAUAUGAUAUCUCUCUCUCUGAGGCUAAG